AUGAUGAAACCUCGCACUUAUCCUGGUGUCGCCUACUUUCGCGGUCGCGUCGUCGUUGCUGGCGGUGACUCUGGCUGCAUCCAUGAUAUUGAGUUCCUUCGUCUUCCUGCUGACGACAACGAUCCCGUAGCUUCCCCUCGGGAUAGAAAUCGAUUGCCGCGAGCGCCAAUCAUACCGCCUGCUCAUGGUGGCGGUCGAUUCAUUAUUGCACUGAAGACGGCAACCGACCCAAACUAA